CUCUUGCGCCCGACCGCCAUGUCCAUGUCCUCGCCAUCCCUCAAUCUUGACGAAGAGGUCAGGCUAUAUACCACCAACGCUGAACGCGAGAAGUAUGGUCUGCUUGCGACGCUCUUCGGUAUCAUUGUCGCGCUGGAGUACCUCGAGCGCGCGUAUGUGCGCGACUCGGUGACGGCAGCCGAGUAUUCUCCGGCAUGUACAAGGCUACUGUCCCAGUACAAGACGAUGCUCAAGCUUGUUGGGGACGACGUUCCGUCGAUAGAUCAGUUCAUGAGCCGGUAUCGCAUGGAACAUCCGGCUGCAUUACAUAGAUUGAAGGUGGGAGUCCCCGCCACGAUUGAGCACUCCAGUGAGGCUGGGCCCGAGACUGGCAAAUGGGUGGCAGAGACGACCCAGAACUUCAUCACAUUCAUGGAUGCACUCAAGUUGGGGUUCCGUGCGAAGGAUCAGUUGCAUCCCAUCCUCCAGGAGUUGGUGACCGGGUAUGCACGCUUCAAGGGAAGCAAGGACUGGGAGGGCCGGGGUAAGAUGGUUAGCUGGCUCAUCACGUUGAAUGGCAUGAAGGCCUCCGAAGAGAUCACGGAGGAACAGUCAAGACAGCUUCUCUUCGAUAUCGAACAUGCAUAUGCAGAGUUCUUCAGGAGCUUGAGCAGCAAAGAGGGUGGCUCUUGAGAACGAUAUCAGGUUGUAGCAGAUGACUCCAUAUGUACACUAUCACAUCCGGCCCAUACAUAAUGAAAGCCCGCGGCAUUGGCUUUACCUCGCUUCA